AUGGUCAAGCUGUCCGUGCCCGGGAUACCCAAGUCUCUCUCCCCUCUCCCGUCGUCUCCACCCAUCCCUAUCCCUCAAGCAGUCGAGCGCGUCUCCGCCUUCCUCUCACCAGGCAACGCGGUUGUCCUUACUGGUGCAGGUGUCAGUGUGGACAGUGGGAUUAGAGCGUAUAGAGGACACGAUGGGCGGUAUUUGAAUCCGAAUUAUAAACCGAUUUUCUAUCAAGAACUCGUCGACCCCACGCCAACCGGGCACCUCUUCAGACAACGGUACUGGUCUCGUUCAUACCUCGGCUACCCACCCGUCCGGGACGCCCUACCCAACCCCAUCCACUACUCGCUUGCAGCCCUGCAGCAUACAGGUCACUGCAGAUCGUUAAUCACGCAGAACGUCGAUGGACUGCACAAGAAAGCGAGCCCGAGCGAGGAGGUAAGACGCAGGAUAUUGGAGCUACACGGCACGCUUUUCAUCGUUCACUGUAAGCACGGACAUACAUGGGAUCGGGACAGCUAUCAGGAACGAUUGGAGGCUCUCAAUCCGCUCUGGCAACCGCUGGCGGAGAAAGUGGGUAGAGAGCUGAGAAGGAACCCGGAUGGUGAUGUCGAGGUAGAAGGUAUGGACUUUGCCUCAUUCAACAUCCCGCCAUGUGAGCGGUGUGCCGCAGACGGUGUGAAUGAGACUGUUAUCAAGCCGAACGUGACUUUCUUCGGGGAAUCCAUCCACGAGCCUCUGAAGGACCAAUCGUAUCGUCUUGUAGAAGAAGCAUCACGCAUGCUCAUCGUCGGCACAACCAUGGCCACAUACUCUGCCUUCCGCCUCAUACGGCACGCCCUCGGGCUAGACAAGCCUGUGCUGCUGCUGAACGUCGGCCCGACUCGGGCGGACAGUCUCCCGGCAGUGGAAAAGAUCGAGUUGCCGGCGGGUGAUGUGAUACGGAACGUGGCGCAGGCACUGUGUGCGACUGAAGCACAGACUGAUCCUGUUCUGAGAACACUGCUCACGUCCGGUGUUGUGCGAGCGGCCAAGACGGGCGAUCGUGGCGCAGGAUAACGAGUAGGCCGCUAGAUUCAUGCAUCAUGUUACAAUGGCAUUUACUGCCAGCAUUACACUGUAACAAUAAUGCAAUUACCC